AUGUCUAUAAUUGUACCUGCUUCUUCUGCGGGUGUAAAUGAAGGUUUCAGUGCUCACUCCAAGUAUUCAAGUCCUGUGAGGCGUCCAAUAGAGCCAGUUGGUCGUUCUUUUCUUGCUCAUGCAUCAAGGACCUUGAGAGGCCACACUUGGUCGGAGUAUGAGAAAAUAGAAGCAGAAAAGAAUGUCAAAGAAGUCGAGGAGAACAACGAUGAUGACAUAGGUGAUGAGGAACAAGAUGAGGAAUUGUUGUCUCAUGAUCCGAGGGAAUGGAAAAGUGCUGAUCUCUAUGCUGUUUUGGGUUUGUCUAAUUUAAGAUGGAGAGCAACUGAGGAUCAGAUUAGAAGAGCACACAGAAAGCAAGUUUUGAAGCAUCAUCCCGAUAAAAAGUCUGCCUCCGGUGGCUUGGAUCAAGAUGGAUUUUUUAAGAUUAUUCAGAAAGCUUUUGAAGUUAUGUUGGACCCAAUAAAAAGACAACAAUUCGACUCGGUGGAUGAGAACGCCGACGUUUUGCCUCCAGCUCCUAAAACCGAAUAUGACUUUUUUGAAGCAUGGGGUCCCGUUUUUGAAAGUGAGGGAAGAUUCUCUAAAAAGACGCCAGUUGUACUUUUAGGUACGUUGGAGUCAUCAAAAGAUGAGGUUGAUCAGUUUUACAGUUUCUGGGGUAAGUUUGACUCUUGGAAAACUUUUGAGUUCAAAGAUGAAGAUGUUCCAGAUGAUACUUCUAAUAGAGACCAUAAACGUUAUAUUGAACGUAAAAACGUUGCUGCAAGAAAAAAGUUUAAGCAAGAGGACAACAAGAGAGUAAUUAAUCUCGUUGAGAGGGCAUAUUCUGAGGAUCCAAGAAUCAAAUUAUUUAAGGAGGCUGCAAAGAAAGAGAAAGCGCAAAAGAAAUGGGAAAGAGAAGCUGGAUCUAGAAAGGCUGCUGAGGAAGCUGCCGCCAAGAAAGCGGCAGAAGAGGAAGCUGCUAAAAAAGCAUCUGAAGAGGCUGCCAACAAGAAGGCAAGCUCCAAAAAAGCAAAGGAAGCUGCGAAGGCUGCAAAGAAGAAGAAUAAGAGAACUAUUAGGGGAUCAGUAAAAGAAGUCGACUAUUUUGGUGACGCAUCCAAAUCCUCCGAUAUCGAUGCUGAUGUAGAUUUAAUAAUUGAUAAAUUGGAUGAUGUUCAGUUGAAUGACAUGGCUAGCAAGGUUACUGGAGCUAAUGUUGACACCACAAAGGCAUCAUUUUCUGAAAUAAUUUCUCAAUUAGGUUCUUCGGGUAAACUCGAAGUGAGUUAUUUAAAGUAUUUCUCUGUCUAA